UUAUGUGGACUUGCAGCUGCCCUUGCUUCGACCCCAGGAAAGGCUGUGUGGGAAGUUCGUGUCUCAGAGCCUGUAGCAUUGCUCUGCAGAGUGUCUGGAGCCUAGUGUAUGCAAAGAAACUGAUAAAUAGGGAAAAGGCCCAGUUUGCUCCAGCUGGACUCAGAGCUGGAAUCACUGCUACAUCCCAACAGACUCUUUCUGGGAAGAAGAGACUCUCUCUGGAACUAAUAUUUCCUUCUCAAAAGUCUAUCAUAUACCAAAGUGAAUGAAACAGUGCAAUUUGGAGCAGAAUAUGGCAAAUACAUUUGUCACAGUACCUGAUGGGUAUUGUCUUGCUGAGCCCAUACAGUAUUACGAUGUUUUACCAGAGCACAUCAAUUAUCAGCUGCAAGACACAGAUUUUCAGACUACUCCUUACUGUCAGUAUUCCACAGUUCAAUUUCCUCCUCCAGUACUACAGUCACAACUUUCACAAUCCCAAUAUGGUACAUAUAGCCUGGACUCUCAGUACAGUGAUGGACAGUAUAUAAUCAGCAACUGCGACUUAAACAAGCCCUCUUUCAUGGCUUCCCACAUUGAUGACAGUGGAUAUCAAGGACUAAAAAGGCCAAGAUUAAACCAUUCUUCCUUGCGAAUGAAGGGACAGGAAGAGCUCUGCGUCGUGUGUGGUGACAAGGCCUCAGGCUAUCACUACAAUGCACUUACCUGUGAAGGUUGUAAAGGCUUCUUUCGACGUAGCAUCACCAAAAAUGCAGUGUACCGAUGCAAGAACGGUGGUCACUGUGAAAUGGACAUGUACAUGCGAAGAAAGUGUCAGGAAUGUCGCUUGAAGAAGUGUAAGGCUGUAGGAAUGCUAGCAGAAUGUUUGCUGACUGAAGUACAGUGCAAGUCAAAGCGACUCAGGAAAAAUUUCAAACAGAAGAGCAGUUUCCUUUGCAACAUAAAACUAGAAGAUGAGGGGCUGAAUAGUAAACAUGUGUCAUCUACAACAAGACCUGGAAAAUUCCCAGAGAAGAUGGAACUCACUCCAGGAGAACAUCAACUUCUUGACCACAUUGUUGCAGCACAUCAAAAAUACACAAUUCCCCUCGAAGAAGCAAAGAAGUUUCUACAGCAAACUGCAAGUCCUGAGGAAAGUUUUCUGCGUCUCUCUGAAACAGCAGUUGUUCACGUACAAGUGUUAGUGGAUUUCACAAGACGACUCCCAGGAUUUGAAAGUUUAGCUAGUGAAGAUCAGAUUGCGCUGCUAAAAGGGUCAACAGUUGAGGCAAUGUUUUUGCGUUCAGCCCAGAUAUAUAACCAAAGAAUUAGUGAAUGUCAAUCAUCAACAAGUGAAAGUCAUGUAAGAUUUUCUGAUGUGACAUGUUGUCACAUUCAAAACCUUGAUAAGAAUGCAAUUUAUUCCUUGGAAAUGUCUCCAAAUGAAGAGAGUCCGACUUCCACUACUACCACAGGUAUAACCGAGGAGUUUAUUACUGCGCUAUUUUACUUCUACAGAAGCAUGGGAGAACUUAAAGUGACGGAGACAGAAUAUGCCCUGCUUGUGGCAACAACUGUGUUUUUUUCAGGUAAAACUGUGAGAUGAGUUGUUGUUA